CUAUUUGUCAGUACGUCAGUCAAAUGUCAUAUGCAAAAAUGUAUUUUUCUGAAAAUUAUAGAUUAUUAUAAUGUGAUAUUUAUCGAUAACUCUGAGCUGAGAUAUGAAAGCAUUAAACAACUAACAAAAAAGCUAAAAGGAAGAAUUUCAAUUUAACAUCAAAAAGGAAACUAUGUACGAAAAAUCAAAACAUAAAUUUGUAUAUUUGGAUUUACAAUUUGAUGGAGUCAAAGCUGGGAGAGUGGUAAUUGAAUUAUUUAAUGAUGUGGUACCAAAAACUGCUGAAAAUUUUCGAGCCCUUUGUACAGGUGAAAAAGGCAUUGGCCAGAAAGGUAAACCUCUGCAUUACAAAGGGAUAAAAUUUCAUAAAGUUGUGCCAAUGUGCAUGGCGCAAGGAGGCGAUAUUGUCAAUAAUAACGGUAGUUGUGGAGAAAGCAUCUACGGUCAUUAUUUUGAAGAUGAAAAUUUUUACAUAAAGCACGAUACUGAAGGUAUCGUUGGCAUGGUAAAUAUGGGACCCAAUACGAACCAGUCGCAAUUUUAUAUAACCACUACACCUUGCUUUCACAUAGACGACACUAAUGUGGCUUUUGGAAAAGUCGUGAAAGGUCUCAAUCUGAUCGUGGAAAUGUCUGAUCAACCUAGAAUUAAUGAUACACCCACAGGGAAUUUGAUAAUAGAAAAUUGCGGUGAACUCAAACCGGGCGAGCCGUGGAACUUUUAUGAAAACGACGGCACCGAGGACAAAUACCCCCCUUGGCCGGAUGAUUGGGACGAGCAAACCGACAACCUUAAACCAGUCGAAAAGGCCAUCAACGCCAUCAAAAAUUCCGGAAACCAUUAUUUCAACAAAAAUGAUUUCGCCCACGCUGAACGUAAAUACGUGAAAUGCUUGCGGUACAUCGAUUGGUAUUUGAGCAAGAAGACCAUACCAACGUUGAACAAGAACUUGAGGACUACCGUGAUGAUGAAUCUCGCUAGCGCGCAAUUGAAGAGGCAUAAGUAUAAGGAGGCCGGUAUUCUGUGUUCACAGAUUUUGAAAGACGAGAAAAAUAACGGUAAAGUGUACUAUAGACGGGCGCAAGCUAUGUUGCAUCUCGAAGAGUACGACAAAGCCCUAAACGACUUGAACACUGCUCUCAGUAUGCACCCCAAUGAUAAGAAUAUCAUUAAAAUGUUGAACCAAGCUAAAAAGUACAAGUUGAGCUAUUUGCAAAAGGAGAAGAUAUUUUUUUCGAAGUUGUUCACUUGAAAUUGAGGUAUGAUUCUAAUGCAACAUAUAUAUGUGUUAUUUUAUAUGAGUUAAAAAUAAAUAGGAUAUAAUGCUAUUGUGAUUGUUAAUCAAAAUAUGUAUGCGCUUU